GAUUUUCUUGCGCGAUGAACACGAUGCCUACCAAUCUGAGAUGCGCCACCAUUAUCGAAGAACUGGCUCCCGAUAUGUGCACCAUCCAGCGGCGUAUUUCAUUGCGGGAGUCCCUACUUGCCAUCGUACGUGAUGAUUCUAGGAGAAUUGUGCUGCGAGUGACACCCAUCGAUGAACCGCGAUCAGGCAAGAUGAUAAUCAGAAGUCUUGGAUAUGUGGUUACCACAUUUGAUCUACACAAGCGUUUCGUCAGCACAGGGAAAGCGACGAUCUCCGUUCCCUCACACCCCGUUCGCAUUAUGCUGAGUAACUGCCCUCCUGACAGAUUGCGAUUAUUCUUAGCUAAUCUCCGAUCUAAGGUUAGGCAUACAAAGACCUCCGUUGUUAAGAAACCUGUUACUUCCGAUGCUUUGCCUACUUCUCUGUCACUUCUGAAUGAAGUCAGCCCUCUUCGACUGCCCCUCAGGCCUAUUGAUAACAAUUCACCGUCCACCAACAGCAAGGAAUCGGGUCCUGCACUAACGUCGACGCCAGUUCGCCCCACUUUGGAUCGAACGUAUAGCCACGUUACUUCUACUUAUUCUUCCGAAAACAUACGUGGGGCCGAUCUUCAGUUGCAGGUUGUGCACUUUGUAAAACAAGGUCGCAAUAUCUUCUGCACCGGUGGUGCGGGCACAGGAAAAUCCCACCUUAUCCGGCGCAUUAUAGGUAUCCUUCCACCGGACUACACUGCUGUUACAGCCAGCACUGGGACAGCUGCCAAUCUGAUCGGAGGCACCACUGUGCACGCGUUCAGUGGCAUUGGUGAUUUAUUCGCGUCCGACAGCAACGAAACUAAAGAAGCGUCUGAAGCCUGGUUGUCUUCAUUACGAGCUCGACUGCUAUCUCUCCCUUCCGUAGUCUCUCGAUGGAGAAAAACGCGCCACCUGAUUAUUGAUGAAAUAAGUAUGCUCAGUUCUUGGACGCUUACACGACUGGAACUACUUGCAUUAGAAACUCGUUGCCCAUCUGAGGAGCGCACUAAUAUUCCGCCAUUUGGAGGGAUUCAAGUGCUAGUCUUCGGCGACUUCUUUCAACUUCCUCCAGUAACCAAGAACGGACCAACAAAAUUUGCUUUCGAAUCUCCGUCAUGGAAGCGUUGCAACUUCACUUGUAUCGAACUGUCUCACUCUUGGCGUCAGUCAGAUGAUCCAGUUCUGGCACGAUUGCUGUCAAGCGCGAGAGAAGGCAUCUGUCCGGAGUGGGCGCAGUCGUUACUGAAGUCACGUCUGCAAUCGAACAUAAGUAUCGAUUCCCGCAAAAAAGACGAUCUGACCGCGACGAGACUUUGCACUCACAGAGCCGAUGCUGAGGCAUGGAAUUCGAAGAUGCUUAGUGCUCUGAAAGGUAUUUUUGACGUUUUUAAGUCCUUUUAUGAUUACCAUCUACCGUCUCAGCCCUGUCUGAGACCUCUAUUACUAUGAUCGUUUGGCACACGAUCGACUGUAAUAAGGUUGUUAGAAGUGGUCAACAACAAAAGAAGUGAACUCGUUAACCACCCAGAAGAGACUACAAUUACAGUCUACAUGAUGAGCUUAUUCGAAUACUCCCUAGUAUUCGAUGAACAUCGAGGAGUAAGACACUCGUGUUUCCUUUGUGAAUGCUGUCCUCGCGAUCGAAUGACUGUCAGAGACGGUGAAAACACUGAACUGCAUCUUCUUGAAAAUCUUCUCCAGGUCACCUAAAUAAGCACAUUUCAUUCUAUUGUGCUGAGUAUGGCGCUUAUAUGCUUCCAGAAUAUGAAUAUAUCAACCAAUAUCAUCAAAUGUAACUCAGUAUAAAUGAAAUCACCUCCCAUAAAUGGUGAUAAAAUCAGUCUUAGAACGUCGGUUGUGUAGUAAAUGAAAAGACGGGUACCAAACGCGACGAAAGUCAAGCUUACGUACGUGAGGCUAAUUUCGGCAAGUGAAAUGCUUGCAAAGUGGUUUGAUCCCAUUUCAGUUUAAUUCAUCCUUUCCACUUUCCAUUGGGUACAUAGGUGAAGAAAAGGUGUAUCGAGCUCAGGACUCGAAUGCCAAAUAUGAACGACUUCUGGACACCAUUUGCCCGGCUCCAUCCGAGCUUCGACUGAAAGUUGGGGCUCAGGUGAUGCUUCUGCGCAACGUGGACACUCAUCGGGGGCUUGUAAAUGGAGCGCGUGGGGUAGUUGAACGUCUCGGAGUUGAUGAGGGCUUGCCCCUGGUUCGGUUCGUUGUCAAAAAAGCUGCUUCGGCUGGUUCCGCAUCUUCCAACCUGUUGCUUGCUGUCCAGCGUGAAAAGUGGAGUCUUCGAGUAGGCAAUUUCGGACAGAGCGAAGUAUAUCGACGCCAACUGCCGUUGGCGUUAGCUUGGGCCGUCUCCAUACACAAGAGUCAAGGGAUAACACUGGAGUCUGCUGAACUCGCCUUAUCGAAGGUUUUCGAGUGCGGCCAAGCUUACGUGGCACUAAGCCGGUGUCGCACGUUGUCAGGCUUGCGCCUCUUGGACUGGCGACCUGAUGUGAUUCGAGCCAAUCCAAAAGUGAUUGAAUUUUAUCGGGAACUUCGGCGAAACCAAGAAGCCGGGUGCACAUGGAAAGCGAUGAAUGCUGACAAAGUUUAUAUGACAUCCUCACCGAUCAAAAAGUGUCGCCGUUGAACAAGUGGGCACAUCCCGAAAUCGGGCAUAAGUGGAGAUUUCGUCCUCCAAAUUACCACCUUUCACGCCGUAUACACAGAUUUUUGGUAAACGAUGAAUGAUGUAAAACAGCAAGUUUUUGAAUAUUGAGAAUCGACUUUCUUACAUACAAACAUUUUCAAUAAAAUGCUA